AUGUCAAUGCUUACUGCAUGUACUGGUGUGCUCUCUCAGCUAUUGAAUAGCUCAUUCCAGAUUCAGAUGCCAGUAACGCCGAGUGCUGGCAAUUAUCUCUUGUUAUGUGUGUACUUGUUGGAUCCCAUCCUGCGGUUUCGAUACCAACGAGGCUAUCAGCUUGAGAUUCCAUGGUGGCAAUAUUUUCUCCUGGCUUUUGCUGAUGUCGAAAGGAACUUUCUAGUCGUAUGCGUGUACAAGUAUACGUCCAUCUCAAGUAUUAUGCUAUUGAAUUGCUUUACGAUUCCUGUGGUGAUGGUAGUCUCAAUGGUAUUUCUGAGAGCAAAGUACACGCGCUGGCAUUUUGUGUCAGUCCUCUUUUGUCUAGUAGGCAUUAGUGUACUCGUGAUCUCGGAUGUACUUCAAGACGAGAAAAGAAUGUUGAAAGCGUCCUGGAAUAUGUCUGGAUUCUAUGGAGACUUGCUCUGUUUGUUGGGUAGUGCAGUAUACGCGUGCUCGAAUCUGGGGCAAGAGUAUCUCGUCAAGAAGGAAAAUCAUUGUGCAAGUAACUGCAAAUGUGUUGAUGAGGCUCUUGCUUUCUACUUUGUACUUACUGCUUGA